GGGGCCUUCUGGUGUGGGCCCGCUUGGCCCAUCAAUACGCUUUGCCGCACCGAGCAGGCCGUCGGUCCGUCGGUUCGUCGCGACGCGCGUGCCGCCACUGUGAACCGCCACUGCUUCACCCCGCCAAUGACCGGCUGCCUGUGACGCUACGCGCGCUAAAGGCCUGUCAGGAUGCAGCUCGCCCUGUGCACGUUGCUGGCCACCCUCGUGGUCGGCCUGGUCACCCCCACCGCGCCGCCCACGCUGCCCACGCCGCCGUCGCCGCCCUCGCCGCCGGACCCCGCGGCCGCGGACUUGGACGCCUCGCGGGACGCGAGAGACGCGAGGGUCGCCCCAGCGGAGCACCGCCACCUGUCGGCCGCCUGGAGCACGCUCUUCAGCGUGGAGGGGAGCCCCGCGCACCGCCGCCGGCACCACCGCGGCAACCACCAGCGGGACGCCGUCAGGGACGCCGCGUCGGCCAAGCCGUGCCCCAGCUGCGGACUCCGGCGCGAGAUGCUGGAGCAGGGCCUGGAGGACGAGCUGACCGCCCUGAGGAUCGAGUUCGUCAAGCAGCAGAUCCUGAAGAAGCUGGGCCUGAAGGAGCCGCCCGUGGUGGCGCGGCCCGCCUCCAACAUGCCCAAGCCGCUGGCCCUGGCCGGCCUCGCCUUGCCCACCCGGCACCGCGAGGAGACCACCGAGGACUUCUACGGCCGCACGGACCAGGUCAUCCUGUUCCCCACCGACCAAGGUGUCCCUCUAGGCCAGUGCCCCGGGUCGGCGGGGUCGGCGGCGACGGGGAGCUCCUGCUUCGUGUUCAAGCUCCCCGGCGACGUGCAGGCCGUGGAGGUGACGCGCGCCGAGCUGUGGCUGUACCGCCGGCCGCUGGACCAGGACCUGGACCUGGACGCCGGCGGCGCCGCCAACGCCUCCCUGAACGUGUCCGAGGUCGCCAACUGGGACAUGGACGAGUCCUUCCAGCGGCGCAACCACCUGGCCGCCGAGCCCGUCACGGACGGAGAGGGCUGGGUGAAGAUCGACCUGGCGCGCUCCGUCAGGGACUGGUUCGAGUUCAACGAGCUGGUCAAGAUGGUGGAGGCGACCGGGGUGCCCGUGGCCGCCGAGGAGCCGUACAAGCCGUUCCUCGUGAUCGCCACCGACCCCGUCAGCAAGGUCCGCAGGCCCAAGCGCAACGCGCGCUGCGUGCCCGGCCAGGCCGAGUGCUGCAGGGACAACCUGUACGUGUCCUUCAAGGACAUCGGCUGGGACGACUGGAUCCUGCAGCCCCUGGGCUACGAGGCGUACUUCUGCAGGGGCUCGUGCACCACCGCGGCGUCGCUCACCAUCUCGGGCUCGAGCCACAACGCCGUCAUCAGAAGGCUAAUGCAAACGGGCAAGAAGCUGGACUUAGUCCCGUGCUGCACGCCGACCAAAUACUCGGAGAUCUCUCUUCUGUACAUCAACAACAACAACACCUUCAUCCAGAAGACGCUGCCCAACAUGGUGGUGGAGGCCUGCGGAUGCAACUGAGCGCUCCGACGAUGUAUUAUGGCGAACCUUGUGAUAUAUUUUAAUUUACUGUCGCCACUCAAGCAGCAAUAGACCAAUAUUAGAGGCCCUAGCGGCGCCUGCCCAGCAGUAUUGUUUUGUUCUUGGGUGGCUUCGCGUGAGGCGGCGAAGGUGACUGCGUAGGUUAAGUUCUGCACUGGAUCAGUGCGUCCAUGUGAUCAAAUGAACCCAAACAUGUUGCAUAGUGUAUUCGUGGUACAAACCGGCACAGCCCUCAAAGACAUUGCUGAGGAGGCAUCAUCACGGUCAGCGAGCGGUCUGACUAUAAGGACGAAUUGGCUCCGAUUUGAUGCCAGCGGACUCCGCUCUCACCCUCUUCUCUCUCCCUCACUCUAUUUCUCCCUCUCUCCCUCUCUCUAUUCCCCUCUCUCUAUCUCAGUAUCUUCGUCCGCACUGCACCGCACCUACUUGUAGCAGUAAGAACUUGAAAACUUGUGAUUCUAGUUGUAACGUGUAUUGUGAUUUUGGAGUGCUAUUUCUAGAACUAGCUGAGUGUGAUAUAAGUGUUCGGUGGUUAGGCUUAAAAGGGAAGUCCCGGUGAUAUUCAGCGGCAAAGCCGGCGAGUAAGUAAAAACCAUGAAACGGCAAAUUUUCCUUUUAUUUAAGUGUUUUUGUUGUUUUUUUGUAUUUUGUGUGUUCGUGUCUUGUGAACGUUUUAUUUAUUUAUUUUACUUUAAGACCUAUUUAUAAGUCAGAUACAUUUCUUAAUAAACACUUCGUAAAUCAUAA